CUUCACUUUAGGUGCACACUUGUUUAAGUAAAUAAGUUUGAAGGUUAAAACCCACGAUCAUAUAAUAACCAUUUGCGUUGAAACCAGCCAGUUUCCUGAAGUGUCGCCUGGAGAUCCCAUUCCUCCUCAGGGUUAACCUACUCGAACUAGUCAAUUCUUAUUAUUUGGAAAAUUCAUAAACAAUGUCCGCCUUUUUGGGAAAAUGGAAACUCAGCGAAUCUCACAACUUUGAUGCUGUGAUGUCAAAACUAGGUGUAUCCUGGGCUACACGACAGAUUGGGAAUACUUUAACACCGACUAUGACCUUUAGUAUGGAUGGGGAUAAAAUGACGAUGUUAACUGAGUCAACAUUUAAAAAUACUACCUGUACUUUCAAAUUUGGUGAAGAAUUUGACGAGAAAACCAGUGAUGGUAGAAAUGUCAAAUCAACUGUUACCAAAGACUCUGAGUCAAAGCUAACUCAAGUUCAAGUGGAUCCUAAGAAUACAACCACAAUUAUACGUGAAGUAGAAGGUGACAUUAUGAACACGACAGUUACCGUUGGUGAUGUUACCGCUAUUCGAAAAUACAAACGAUUAUAAGUGCCGCUUAUUAUUAUUAUAUUUUUUUGUUGUUGUGAGAGUGAGAUAUGCACACACACAUAACAGACAUAACUUGUCUGAUAUUGCCUCCAUCUUGUUGAACUUUUUGUAUAAUUAUUUUGAACACUGGUGAAUAUAUAUUUUUUUUGCGUGACAAUUGUAUCAUUCAAUAUUAUCGUUGUUAUUGUUGUUAAUGAUUGAUUCAACUCCUUUUUUUAAGAAGAAAUAAAUAUCUUGCUUUGUAAA